GGACACGGGUUCGAAUCCCUGCCUCGGCCGCCAUGGCGGGCGCGGAGCCGGAGGCAGAGGAUAGCAAUGAGGAUGGCGGCCCCGGCCGGGCUCCCCCGGGCCAGAGCGACAGGGCCGCGCGCGUGGCCCCGCUGGGCCCCGAGCAGCUGCGGCGGGUCCUGGAGCAGGUGACGAAGGCGCAGCCGCCCGCCGUGCCGCCGCCGCCCUUCGUGUUGCAGGACGCGGCGCAGCGACUGCGGGACGCCGCCCAGCAGGCCGCCCUGCAGCUGGGCCCGGGCGCCGAUCCCCCGCGCCGGCCGCGCCUCCUGCCGCCCCAGCAACUGGAAGCCAUUUGCAUCAAGGUGACAUCUGGAGGAACGAACGGUCAGGAAAGGCCAUUGCCGCCACUGGUCACCAUUCAGCCCAAAACAGCCAGGCCGAGCCUGCUGCCCAGGAGGACCUGCAGCCUGCUGGGGCUCAGGGGGGCCAGUCCUCAGCUGCUCAGGGUGCAGCCCCUCCUGCGGCCCGGGCCACAGCAGUGUUUCCGUAGCAGCUCACCUCAGCCUCCUGUUCAGGUGUUGGUGCACAGGCCACUGCCUGCCUUCAGACCCGUCUCUGCUAGGAGAAUCACGGCCCCCAAGGUUCCCAGCGGCCUGGGAGCCACGCCAGCCCCCUCGCCGGUCUCUGACCCCCAAGCAAGGACCGCUGUCUCAUCCGGUUCAGCAGAUCUGUUUAUUUCCAGCUUGCACACAGAACAAACCGAGAAACUAAAAAAAUCUUUGAAAGUGAAAACACGUUCCGGACGGAUAUCUCGACCUCCCAAGUAUAAAGCGAGAGAUUACAAGUUCAUAAAAACGGAGGAUUUGGCUGAUGGUCACCAGUCGGAUUCUGACGAUUACUCGGAACUGAGCGUGGAGGACGAGGAGGACCAGAGGGAGAAGUUGGUGCUCUUUGACCUCUCAGGUUGCUCCCUGCGGCCCAAAACUUUUAAGUGUCAGACUUGUGAAAAGUCGUACAUAGGAAAGGGGGGACUGGCCCGACAUUUUAAACUGAACCCAGGCCACGGCCAACUGGAGCCUGCACGGUCACUGACAGAGAAGGCCGAUGGCAGCAUGGCCCUGGGGCGCCUGGAGGAAGGGCCCGUCAGCCUGAGCUCCCCACAGUCAUCCACUCCAGCCACUUUAAGUGAGGAAGGGGCCCUCUCCCAGUGUGCGACGGAGGCCGAGGCAACCCCGGGUGGUCUCCAGAAUGGUCAGUCCAUGGAAGUUGAAGAGGCACUGGUGUCUGAACCAGAAAAUGGAAGCUAUUCAGCCCUUUGGGGACUGAGGAGAUGCCCAGGACUUAGAAGAAGUGGCUGUUCCAAAGUCCCUGCAAAGUCCCACGCGGUCAUUCUCCAGCCGGGCGGAGCCGCUCAGCCGCUUGCGGACUCUGGUGACUCCAAGGAGCAAAGUGCAGGCAGGGGCCAGGCUAGCCUCACCGAGUGUCUCCAGCAGUGCGACCCGGAGGAUUUAGUGGAAUUGGCUCUACCUCGGCUGGCUCAGGUCGUGACGGUGUACGAGUUUCUCCUGAUGAAGGUUGGAAAAGGUCGUCUAGCAAAGCCUUUUUUCCCAGCUGUGUAUAAGGAAUUUGAACAGUUGCAUAAAAUGGUGAAGCAGAUGUGCCAAGAUUAUCUUAGUGGUUGUGGUCCAUGUUCUCAGGAGCCCCUGGAAAUAAGCAAUAAUAAGGUUGCUGAGUCAUUGGGAAUCACAGAAGAAUUCCUGAGAAGAAGGGAAAUGCACCCAGACUGCAUUCCACCUCAGUGCAGCCGCCUAGAGACUCACAGUGGGGAGCAGCCAGAGGAAAGCAGCAGACAGAAGCGGGAAAAUGAGGUCACAGAGGAAGUGCCAGCUUCCGUGAAAAGGACCCGAAGAGAAACGCCGCCCAAGGACACCGCUGAGUCUGUCACUGUCCCCUUAUGUGUCCCCGUGGCCAGUGAGGGUAAAAGGCUCUUCGUAGCGUGUGCUCUCGUGACUCAGGGACCCCUGCAGGCCCUCAGAGGUGUUGCCCCUCGAGUAGAUGGGGGCCCUGCUCACUGUGCUGGAGAGAGUCACGCAGUGGCGGUUUCUGAUGGCGAGCGAAGCGCAGUCCCUGCGGGGCAGCAGCUGAAAGCGUUUGCCAACCUGGAAGCCCGGACGGGGUCUGCAGGCCCUGCUGUCCUGCCCCAGCCUGUGUCCGGGCCGGCUCUCAGCACCCACUCAGGACAGCCUGGGAAGCUGGCCCAGCAGUGGGUGGCCGCCUUCCCCGAAGAGAAUGCUCAGGAACCCUCUGCAGAGCACAACGCCUGGGACCGCCUGAGCAGCUCAGGUCUCUGCAGCCCCGCGGGGUCCCUUCUGCCAAGCGGGGCUGCCGACCCCUGCGGGAUGCACGGCCCCCUCCACGCCCAAGCGCCCGGCCCCAGCACCGUCUCGCUCGCGGAUGUCGUGCCCCCUGUGCUUGAGGACGCGCGCUCCAUGGACCUCGGGCUGCAGGACUGUGCCCACAGGGCUGUGUCCGAGCCGGGGCCUCCGCUGUCGACGGAAGGGGGUCUGGGAAGCCAUGUGGGUGACUUUCCCCAGUUCUGUAGGAUCGAGGUGUCUGCCAGCCAGGGAGAGCUGGCGAGCACUGUGGCUGUAGGUGAAGCCGUGGCUUUUGAAAUCACCAGCGGGUGCCACGGACUGCUGUCUCAGGGACAGGAGCACGUUUUCAUUCAGACCUCGGACGGGAUUCUCUUGUCCCACCCAGGUACGGUCGUGUCUCAGGAGGACAUCGUCAUAGUGACUGAGGUGGAGCCUGCCCUGCAGAUGGGCCCGCCAGAGGGGCUUCCUCUGGAAACAGUGGAGGCAGAGCCCGCUCAGUGAAGUGGAGGCAGAACCGUAACCCAGUAUCUGUAUGUAUUUUACCCAAAGAAGUUCUCUUCGUGUAAUGUCUAUUUUUCUAAUAUGAAUACUGACACAAAUGAACCUUUUAUUUAUAAAGAAUAAUGUCUUUCUACCGUAAUGUUUGCCUUUUUCUCUCGUUUGUCAUCAUAAUGGCUGAUUUGUUACCUGAUAAUGCAUCCCUGACACAUCUAACUCUUAGGAGCUUUAGGCGACUGUGACAGUUACUGUUGCUGUUACUUGAUUAUGUGACCCACUCUCUGCCCUCAAAAACUAUGUCCCCUUCCCUCCCCAGUGAUGUGCUGCUUUUUCAAUAAACUUCCUCCAAACUA